UCCCCCCCCGCUUCUCACCUGCCUACCCAUCUUCUCUGUCUCUCUCUCUCUCUCAGCCAUGGCGUGCAUCGCAUCUGAUCUCGCGCCCUUGCUGGGACCAAACGGGACAGAGGCCGCCGAAUUCAUCUGCAACAAAUUCAUCGACACGAGCUUCGCAGUAGACACCACUUACCUCCUCUUCUCCGCCUACUUGGUUUUCUCCAUGCAGCUCGGCUUCGCCAUGCUCUGCGCCGGUUCCGUACGCGCCAAAAACACCAUGAACAUCAUGCUCACCAACGUUCUCGACGCCGCCGCCGGUGGCCUCUUCUACUACCUCUUCGGCUUCGCUUUCGCUUUUGGAACUCCUUCCAACGGCUUCAUCGGCCGUCACAACUUCGCUCUCAAGUCAAUCCCUUCCUCCAACUUUGACUUUAGCUUCUUCCUCUACCAGUGGGCUUUCGCCAUAGCUGCGGCUGGCAUCACCAGCGGCUCCAUAGCCGAGCGAACCCAGUUUGUUGCUUACCUCAUUUACUCCUCCUUCUUGACCGGUUUCGUCUACCCAGUUGUCUCUCACUGGUUCUGGUCCGUUGAUGGCUGGGCUAGUGCCACUAGAGGCGACGGAAACCUCUUGUUUGGAUCAGGAGUCAUCGACUUUGCCGGCUCCGGCGUAGUUCACAUGGUGGGUGGUAUCGCCGGACUUUGGGGCGCCUUCAUUGAAGGUCCCAGAAUCGGGCGUUUCGAGAAUGGUGGGAAAUCCAUUGCCUUGCGCGGCCACAGCGCCUCCCUCGUCGUCCUCGGCACCUUCCUUCUCUGGUUCGGGUGGUACGGGUUCAAUCCCGGGUCAUUCGUCAAAAUCCUGGCACCAUACAACUCUGGGAACUUUUACGGCCAGUGGAGCGCUGUCGGACGAACCGCCGUCACCACAACACUUGCCGGUUGCACAGCCGCACUCACUACUCUCUUCGGAAAAAGAAUACUUUCCGGCCACUGGAACGUGACCGACGUCUGCAACGGUUUACUCGGUGGGUUCGCUGCAAUUACCUCUGGUUGCUCCGUCGUGGAGCCUUGGGCUGCUAUCAUUUGUGGGUUCGUAGCGGCGUUGGUGUUGAUCGGGUGUAACAAAUUGGCGGAGAAGAUGAAGUUCGACGACCCACUUGAGGCGGCGCAGUUGCACGGCGGUUGUGGAGCUUGGGGGAUUAUAUUCACGGCGUUGUUUGCGUCGGAGAAGCUCGUGAACGAGGUUUUCCCGAACAAGAUUCCUCGGCCGUACGGAUUGUUCAUGGGCGGCGGUGGGAGGCUUCUAGCGGCUCAUAUUAUACAGAUAUUAGUAAUAGCCGGUUGGGUGAGUGCAACGAUGGGGAGUUUGUUCUUGAUUCUUCGUAAACUGAAGCUUUUAAGGAUCUCUGCUGACGAUGAGAUGGCGGGUAUGGAUUUGACCAGACACGGAGGGUUUGCGUAUGUUUACCACGACGACGAUAAUGAGUUGCAGAAUAAUGGGUUUCAAUUAAGAAAAAUUGAACCCAGGUCGUCUUGUACUCCUACUCCUGUUUAAUUUAAUUCUAGUUUUAAUUUUAUUUUCUUCAUUUUUAAAAUGUUUAUUUAAAUUUUAUAAUGUAAAAAAAUAAUUAAAAAAAUAAAAUGAGUUUUGACGUCA